GAAACGGAGACAUCUACUUACAAUUUUGCCUUGCUGUUUUGUUUAUAUAAUUCCCCCCGUAUCUUCCGGUGCUGGAGUUCGGGUUAUGUCGAAGUGAGCGCUCCUCAGUUCCUCAGCCCAAGAUCUCUGCGGCAGCUACUACGCACAUGUCGUUUGUCUUGUUUAUUCUCUACAAAAACAUUCUUCCAAGCAAGGUGGGCUUUGGAAGGUGAUAUUGGUCGUUUGAUACAUCGAUUUGAGACUGGGUUUCUGUUGAUUUUGUGGCUUGUGUUGUCGCUUGCAAAUUUUGAGGGUUUUGUGAUUGGUAUCUUGUGGGUUGAGAGACCAUGCCUUCUACACAUAAUCCUGCAACAGGUUCUUCUUCACCUUUGACUUCAUUAGGUCGCUCCAUUUGGACUCGGCGAGAACAGUUUCAUUCAAUUGAAACUAAUCAUGAGUCUAGUGCCCAGGAGUUGGAGCUUCAGUCUUUUCAGAAACAUGUUGCAGACCUAUUCCAUGACUUGUCAGCUGUUGGUGCUGAUGAGCUGCUCUCUAUUGCGUGGACUCUGAAGCUUUUAGAUGUUUUUGUCAGCUGCCUAGAAGAAUUCAGAGGUAUCUUUCUGAAGAACAAAGAAUAUAUUUCUAAACCGCCCAUGGACCAUUGGAUUGAUGAAUAUUUAGAAAGGAGUUUGAAGGCACUUGACAUUUGCAAUGCAUCACGUGAUGGGAUUGAGAAGAUUCGUAUGUGGCAUAAGCAUUUAGAGAUUGUUCUGUGUGCCUUGGAUUCUCGCCAGAGGGCAUAUUGUGAGGGCCAAUUCCGUCGAGCAAGAAAGGCUUUGAUGGAUUUGGCACUUGAAAUGCUUGAUGGGAGAGACUCUGGCUCUGCAUUUUCACAGCGGAACUGGUCUUUUGGGCGUCACAACACAAGAAAGGAUCGCCACCGCCAUACCUCAUCAGGACAUUCUCGCUCUCACUCAUGGAGCACAUCUGCUUCUUGGUCUGCAGCUAAGCAGCUGCAAUCAAUUGCAAACAACCUGGUAGCACCUCGUGGAAAUGAGAAUGCUGCAACCAAUGGCCUCGCAGGAUCUGUAUUCACAAUGAGUUCUGUGCUCAUUUUUGUUAUGUCGUCACUUGUGGCUGCAAUACCUUGUCAGGAUCGAGGUCUUAAUACUCAUUUUUCCAUUCCACCACAGUUUCCCUGGGGUAUCCCCCUAAUUUCACUUCACGAACGGAUAAUGGAAGAAUCUAAAAAGCGGGAGCGUCAGAGCUCCAACGGAUUGCUGAAGGAGAUUUAUCAGGUUGAGAAAUGCACUCGUCAGAUGACAGACUUUGCUGAUCUGGUUCAAUUCCCAUUGACAGAGGAACAGAAAAUGGAACUUGAACAAGUACUUGAGGAGCUAGCGUCGAUCUGUGAGAAGUUUAAGAAUGGAUUGGGUCCAUUGGAACGCCAAAUUCGGGAUGUAUUCCGCAGGAUUAUGAAUUGCCGAACUGAGGGUCUUGAACUGUUGAGUAAGGCUACCAAUCUGGAGUAACUAAAAAUAGAUAAGUUUAUGAGCAUGAAAUGUACAAAUGUGCGAAUAUAUUUUGUCUUGCAUAUUUCCACCUUUUGCAAGGGGGAAGAAGAACAUGAGAUGGUCAGCAACAGUACAAAAGUUAAGCAAGUAUCUCGUUAUACUCUUUCAUUUCUGUAAAGAGCAUAGUAUUUUCAUCGGAUCAUUCCUUGCUAGUAAAAUGAUUUUACUUUGUUGGUUUGUAUUUUGUGGUUUCUUUUUUCUACACUUGUCCAUUCCAUGUUAGUUAUAUCUUCUAUUUUGUGAC